CUCCUCAUUACGAGAACCAUUAUACAGAAGGGAGUCUCUUACCCACCAUGUCUAUACCUGCUCCCCCUCCCCCGCCGCGAUGGGUUGUCGAGAUCAACUCGCCGCCUCCGCCUCGGUCAAAGGCGUCGCUCCCCGAUCCGCCAGGCUUCACCGCACCCCUCUCCGCAAAGCAGUGCGCACAAUCGUCCAAGACAACUGUUCGCCAGGCGCCCACGACGGAGGAGAUGGACACUUUGAAGAUGAAGAAGGCGUGGGAACUGGCUCUUGCCCCCGCAAAACAGUUACCCAUGAAUGCUAUCGGCAUGUACAUGACCGGCAAUUCGCUGCAGAUAUUCUCCAUUUUCAUGGUCUUCACGCUGUUCAAAACUCCCGUUAUGGCUGUCCUCGCUCUGCAGCGCACCUUCGCGCCCUACGAGACGCCUGGCACAUCGCAUCGCUUACUCUGGCCAAAGCUCGUCUAUGUGCUGAUGAAUAUCCUUAUGUUGGGCUUGGGCGUCUGGAAGGUCAACAAAAUGGGAUUGCUCCCUACUACAAGGUCCGAUUGGUUGGCAUGGGAAGGUGAACGCACGUGGUCUGAAAAAGCAAUACCGCGGGAUUGGUUAUGAACUACCUACGUUUAGUCAAUGCGCUGGUCAUCUCAAGUCUGUCCCCGACCUCGCCCGAACAUUUGGGUGCUCAAUGCGGCCACCAUCUCGUCUCUCGUGACUCCAGUCUUUAUAAUCGACUUCCACUUCCCAAGUAGGCACAUGCAGUUGUCCAG